UGUGUCAGCGCCGUUUCCGCCGCAGCACAAUUCGUCGCACACACCUACACUUUUUUUAGAAAGGUGUGCGUCAUUCUGGUCUGUCAGUGUCUGCGGCGCAACAGCGUAUGGACAUGAUUUUCAUCCCCUUCAUCUUUCCGAUCGGCGGCUGCACGUCGGUACGUCGCGCGUGGCCGUUCGCCGAGAGGACCCGAGUGACGAGAUACGACGUCUACCAGUUCCCACCGAACGCGCUGCUGGUCGGUGAGUUGCCCGGUGACUUCCUGCGAGUGGACACGACGCCUGCCUCUGGCACGCCUAGCCAGAUCUCGGUUGACGAGCAGACUGCCAUCGCACUUCAGCAGCAGCUGUCAGGAGCGGCGUUCACCACUGCCCAGGCUGUUGGACGACUCAGCAUCUCUGUCAUACAGGCAAAGCUGGUGAAGAACUAUGGCGUCACACGGAUGGACCCUUACGUGCGGAUUCGCAUUGGACACAACGUGUACGAGACACACACGGACUACAACGGUGCCAAAAACCCUCACUGGAACAAGUUGUUCCAUUGCUUCCUCUCGCCGGGCGUCACAGCCUUCCUCGUAGAAAUUUAUGAUGAGUGUGCUUUCACAGUUAACGAGAAGAUAGCCUGGGCACAUGUGGUCAUCCCGGAGGCUGUCUUCUCUGGCCAGACCGUCGACAUCUGGCACCCGUUGUCGGGUCGCCAGGGUGAGUCCAAGGAAGGCAACAUCAACCUUGUCCUCUCCUAUCAGGCAAUUCCUCCGGGAUCCCUUGCCGCACCGCCUGUGGUUCUGGUCAACACACCCUACAUGAUGCCGGGUGUGGUGCAGUACCCUGCUGCUGCUGGCUAUGUGUACCCACCAUACACCGUGCCCGUCGCACGACCUGGCAUGGUGGCUCCCGGUCCCGGCUUCAAUCCGGCAUUGCAGCCAGCUACUCAGCAGCUGCCACCACCAGCCCCGAUCACCGAGGACGACGUGAAGCAGGUUCAAGAGAUGUUUCCGGAGAUGGACGCCGAAGUGGUCAAGGGUGUCCUAGAGUCCCACCGAGGCAACAAGGAUGCAGCUGUAAAUGCACUGCUUUCCAUGAACGAUGCCAGCGCUUAGACACUGUCCUGUACAUAACAAUUAAAUGAAAGAAAAUUUGGCCUGACAGAAAUCUUAACCCAAGGCUGGAAGUAGCCAAGUCUUAAAGGACCCCUUUUUUUGUAAAGGCUUUUAUGGAGCACACUAAUGACAGAAACGACGCUGGUGGUGUUUUAUACCUGUGCCAUACGGACGAGUUGAACGUCAUUAAGAAUCUAGGUUAAUAAGUUUUGUAAUAACUUUAUAUCUAAGGUUGCUGCUACUACACUGGCAUUUUUGAAGACAUUAAAUGUCGGGACAUCCGUGGAAGUUGGGACGGCGAUAGCUACAGUGAAUGCAGCAAGUUUGUUUGCCAGUUGUAAUAUCGUCAGAAAUGCUACUUGGGGAGGCAUAAGUUCGAACAAUGCCACUAAAACGUUUCAUAUUUAUGUAUAGGCACAUUUUAUGUAGAAUUGCUUCAGAUUGAUCUUGUAAUCUGUGUGUGAUGAGUGGCCGCAACUGCUAAUUUUGGAGUGAGAAUAUGCAUUCGACAAAAAAUGAGUUAUGAGAACGCUUUGUGGGGCAAGUGGCAUUACGUUUUGAUGCCAUUAAGUAUGCCCAUGUGGCACCAUGCAACUGACAUGAAACUUCAAGGCGUUUAGCAUGCAUGUCCGUGUGGCACGGGUAUUAGCCACAGGAGUUGUCUGCGGAGGUUCGUGCGACAUUUGUUGAACAGUUGAGUGUAUGUAUAAAGUGUUUAAUCAAUGUUACAGAUUUACUGGCUAUGCUUAUAAAAGGGACUCGACGCGAAAGGGUUCUUGAACUUGGAGUUUAGUAUAUGAGGCUCCUCAGUUUAAGGAGACUUAACGCUUCACUAAUGCUCCUUGGUGGCUUUUGCGAUGAGGAGCUGCUUGAGGAACACAUGUGUCAGGGGUCUUCUGCAGAAGCUGAGGGUGCGACAUCACAAAAUGUUAGUUCUGGCUUUGCCAAGGAGCACUGUUUGAGUCAAUUUAGUGCCGGCACUGGAAUCGGCGCUGUACCGAAUAUAAUGUAAAUGGAAGAUGGCUCAUUCGUGCGAAACUUCAUCUGGAGGUGGCAUUUUGUGGCGCAUGCAUUUAAUGCCACAUUUGUGACGAGGGGGCAAUACUUGCCUGUUUAGACCAGAAUAAAUCGAAACUGUGCAGUCGCGUGCACAGACUGCCAGAGAACAGACGUGGAAUUCGCAGGGACUGGACGGGUGGUGCCCCCUCUCACUCUAAGGACAAACCAAAGCACGAUGUUUUCAUCACAGCAAUGACAGAUGGAGCCAUCAUUAUAUUCCAGCAGGUUCUCCCGAGCGGUUGUGGAACUUGCGCAAAUGAAAUAGCGGCACCACUUCUCACUGUAAAAGCAAAUUAAGGGACAUGCCAUCUUUUGUCCUAACAAACACAGAUGGCGCCACUAUUCUGUUCUCGCAAAAUUUGUAAUUGCCAUCGGGCAUCACAGUGGGCAACGUUAUGGCAGACGCCAUGUGUUGCCCUGACAAACAUAGAUUGCGCUACUGUUAAAUUCCCGCAAAUUUUCUAUUUGUCGUCUGGCAACGCUGCAGGCAGUGGGUAUCACUGAUUUAUGUUGCACUGAAUAUGCAAGUAUUCAUUGAAACGAGGCAUUAAGUUGCGUCCACUGUGAAAAGCCACCUCUGUAGGAAAUUUCAGCCAGCGCUCUUGCUGAAAGAGUCCCCAUUUAUGCAGGAUUAGAUACAGGAACAUUUCUCCUAGAUAAUGUGUCAUAAUUCUUUUUCACUGUUCUUUCUGUUGCAACGCUACAUACUUCUCGUUUCGAUCAAUGCUCGAAAAAAGUGUCUCACUUUACUUUUCACUUGCCUCGUAGAGUGUUAAGAUUCACACACUGACACUGCAGGUUAAUCAAGAAGUAGUUUGUUUUGGUUGCAGCCCUGCGGAUAAGAUUUACUUUUCUUUGAAUGCUGUGCAUUCACUUGUUUAACAUUCACACUGUUUAAGCAGCUUCCGCGGGAAUUCAAAUAUACUAUGUAUACAUAUGCAUUGAGCAAGUCUUCAGCAAGAUGCUUGUCUUUUUAUCUAUAUGAUUUACUUUGAGUGUGUUUAGUUCGCGGGCCCAGUGCAUUUUGCGAGAGUCGUCAAAAAGGGCAUGUCGGGUGCUGGUGCUUUCUUGCGCGUCUGUUCCAUUUGUAUUGCUUGCAGGCUUAGAAUGCAAAUUUGGGUGUUGUGUGAAAGCUGUUUUUUUUUAGCACUUUGUUCGAAAUGCACGGAUAGAAUUUCAGGCUGCUAACUUUCACUUCGAUCACUAAUGAUCAUGCGUACAAGUGUUGUGAUGUCUUGCAUAAUUUCGCUGUAGAUUAAUAUAUUUGCACAAAUAUAAUGCGAGUUUUCUGUUUUUUUGUUCUUUUUGCUUAAUAAUGUGCCAUAAAUUUUUGCUUAUAAGUGAGCCUAGAGCUGUACCCAAAACCAUGCUUGAUAUGAAUGUACUGGUUAAGUAAAAAUAACUGAUAGAAUUAUCAAAUGGCUUGCACUCACCAGCUUUGCAAUUAUCUGCACACAUCAGUUUCUUUCCUUCAUUAAAGGGGCCUGAAGCACAUUUCCUCGAAGCCUCAAAAGCACCUUUGAGCAGGUGUGGUACCUCCCAGUAAUAUAUUACCAAAAUAAUUUUUCAAGAAGACCUACCGUAUUCUCCGGUCUAUAAGCCGCACCUUUGUAUAAGACUCACCCCCCCCCCCUCCUCAAAAUGGUAGUUUUUCCGGAAAAAGAAACAUAUAUAAGUCACACCGGUGUAUAAGACGCACCUGUUCGUUCGGUAUGCGAUUUUAAAAAAUGACAGUGACGUUUCACUCCGUGAACUUGGUUCAUGUGCAAGCGUAUGGGUGCCACAUUUCAGGCGAAUUUCUGCCGUCGUGGUUGCCGCCAUGUUACGCCUAAAGUACAAGGGCGGUAACAUCGUGCCCGUGCGCCGUGUGCUGUAUGUGCAAGUGAAAGCGUGCGACAGUGACCCGAAUCGUGCACAAAGAAGGAAAGCGGGAAGGCAGCGCGGGAGGGAGAAGGGGCGGCGUGUAUACUCUGGUAGCAACUGCAUAGUUUGCGCAGAGGCGCGCGCCGUAUCUUGACGGUGAUCUGUAGAUGCGACGACUUCGGGGUCGGUUGACUCGCAGUUGGCCUGCCGCUGCUUGCGUUGCUGCUCCGUCGUUCUCGCACGGCACCCGGGAACUCGAUCACGAGAAGAACCCGGUAACUCGAUAGUGCGCACAGAAUCCGUAGCAAUUAAGUCAACCAGCACGCUUUGCGUGGUCAUAACAUCGAAUCCCAUUUUGACGGCAGUUUUUUCGGAAAGAAAACGGACAUAAGUUGCACCGUUCUUUAAGACGCACUGACAAAAAAUUCUGAAAAAAACGCUUCUUAUACACUGGAAAAUACGGUAAUAUGAGCGUAAACACUUUGAGUGUGUAACUUACCUUCCCAUUCACCCUCAGUGUCCUCCGAUGGCACCGAUGGUGAUACCCCGCCUACAGCACUACAGUGCGCGGGGUUGUCGCAGCAUGCCAUGGUGGCCGUGGUGUUGCACUACGUAGCAGACGCAGCUACGUGUGGCUACACACAGCUCUAAGUGCACAGCAGGGCUGGAGUCUGCACUCGUGUGCUGCAGCCUGGCCAUGCUAUGGGGUGCAAACCGGCUUUGACCUGCACGAAUAGUAGCCAAAUCUAGAUUGUGCACUUUGUAGCGCUUGUUACGAAGCUCAAUACGAAGCACGUCGAGCCAGCAGCGACCGGGAGUGAGCGCGCCCUGGUGCGCAUUUCUUGUGGAUGCUAAUCCUAUUCAUCGCAAGGCAUGGCAGGCAUAAUGUACAUGUGGUCUAAGCUUAAGUUUCGCGUAGUUCUAGGCUAGUUGAACGCUCCCGACUAAUUGAAAUUAGCGAGUGCUGACGGCCAUGACACCCCAAUAGACAAUGUGGCCAAAGUUUAAUUCCCACGUGGCCGAGCACGGCCGAGUGAGCAGACGACAGUCUACUUGCACUUCUUGAUUGAUGUCAGCAAUUAGCCAAUAGCGUUCGUGUAGGGGAAUCUGCUAAAUCCCAAUACAGUAAAACCUCGUUAAUUUGGAAAAUCUGAUCAUUAGGACUCGUCCUCUGGUUCCGGCAGGUGUAUUCAUUAUUUAGUACCAUCAAACUCUCGUUAAUUCGGACAACUCUCGGUGAGUGCGGAGCGCUGCAAAUGUGCUAUGCAAAAGAGCAAGAACGGUGCUACCGUCUAACCGAAAUGAAGAGGCGGAGUACGGAUCGCCAGAGGCACCAGCGGAAAUCGUACGUUAAUGACAGCAACGCUAGAAGGCUUCGUCCCUGUUUGUGCCUUUAGAUCCUUUAUUGCGUUUACUGGCGCGUAUAACACCGCAUCGUCCGCAUGCUUCAUGGCUGCGUAGUCGCCAACCAUGAUUGCAUCGAUAUAGCGACUGCUGUUUAGUCUACAGCGGCUGCGGCUAACAGUAGUUUCGUUUGACUCGGUGUGCGCUUUGGCCGCGUGCCUUCAAAACUGCGUAGUCGUCAUCCACGAUCGUGUCAAUAGUGACCCCGGUUUCGUCCGCAGCAGUUGCAGCAAACAAAGUAGUUUCCUUCCAACUUUGUGCAAAGCUGUCGAUGAUGAAGAGCACCAGCUACAUUGCAAUCGACAGAUGAUCUGUUGGCGACCAGCUUACUGGCUAAAAAAUAAUUGGGAUUUGCGCGCUGUAGUGAAAAUGUCUCAGGUGAAGACACACACCUCGGCCGCGCUGCAAAGGUAGUCGCAAAGCCUUCGUCGUUGCCAGCGCUAAUCAGUAAUGAGAUGACGAGAUAUGCAGCUUCCGCACUGCUUUUGUGCAAAAUAGGUACAUUAUUAGCCGGUUCAUUAAGUAAAUGAAAGCGUGUUGACGUAGGAAGGAUUUGUUUAUUGUUUUCUUGAUACCCUCAAUAAAUUGACAUUUGGUUAAUGCGGAAAUUUUUUUGGUUCAGUGAAAUCCAAAUGAACGAGGUUUUACUGCAUACCGCAGCCCCGAAAAGGGUUAGGAGAAGGUUUCUGUGGAAAAGGGAGCGUUUGAGAAAAAGGUCUCUUUGCACUCCGCUUGCGAGCCCCACGCAUCACGCAUGAGUGUAAAAUUUGGCUGAUAUGUUUAAAGCAGUGUAUCCUAUCUGCGGAAUGUGUUUUUUCACGUAACUCAAGGGGUCGUUCAGGACCCCUUUAAAACCUUAGCUGCCAUUCACACAUGCAGCAUUAGAUCAUGUUGCAAUCGUAGCAACAUACUUUUGUUUUUGUUUUUGAAAACUCGGAUAUGCUUGUGCAAAUACUGUAACAUUGACUUAUCUGUAACAAAAUCAAUUCCGAGUAAUCUUUCCUCCGGGCUAGAUUGUUCAUUGCCUCUGUGAAGUUAGCAGUUGGAACCUAGGCAUGGGCCAAGGAUUUAGAAAAAAAAACGAAUGUCUUCAUCUGCCUUGAUAUGUUGCUGUAGAAAUAGUGGUGGUCAUGGAUCAGUGGCGUUCGUGGACCAACGAGACCAUUAGCAGUUGCUGUUUUGCUUCCUUUGCAACUCGUUUCUGGUUCAUACUCGGGUAUGAUCUGGGUCGAUAUUCUUGGGUGAUCACUUUCGGAGUUAGUUUCGCUUUCGUGAGGCUUGACACUGGACAAGUUCGCGUAUACGGCUGACAGCAUUUCUGGGGCCGUGCCAAGAGCGCUGUCAGCUAUAUGCCCCGGCAUGUCCAGUGCAGAGUCUUGCGAAAUCUUGUGAAAGUGAAACUAUCGCCAAAAGUGAUCGCCUGAGAAUACCGCCUACGGCCCAGAAUUGUGGUUCGUUCUCAAGUUCAGAAAAUAUUGAUGUAGAAUUAUAUACUAGAAAUCCUAGCAGCCUGAAACAUUGUAUUGUGCAGUUUCUUGUUUCCCUCUGCAUUUGAAGAUUGUUAUUUUCUUUUGGUAAUGCUGUCUUCAAGGUUGCAAGAAAAAGAAAUUUGCGCAUCAAUAUCAUCAAGCAUGCCUGUGCGUUGCAAGAGCUUGUGGGAAAUGUACCAAAGAGCGAUGCUAAAUUUUUCACAUGGUUGUAUGGGCGACGUUGUACACUAGACAUUUUCCGUGGUUUCUUGUUAAAUGUGCUGGUUUUUCCUACUUACAGUCUUUGUGAAAAGUAUUGAAGCCACUGUCCCUGUAGAAAGUUUGUUGCUUUGUAGUUGCAGAAAUUUAGAGGGAGGCUGUUGCUCAUUACAGUGUGCUUCCAAGCAAUGUGCAACUUGACAACAGGAUCCUAUGAUAGAUCAGAUCUCUCGUGGAAUAAGUGGUUUCGAAACUUUCGGCAAAAACUGUAGUGAAAAGCAAGAGUCCCACAAAAUGCGGAGUUUUGUCGCUGCGUUUGAACUUUACUGCUUCGCUGGCUGAAUUAGUGUGCAUUUCGAACACUUGCAACAGUGACGACAGGGAAGUUUUCAAAAAUGUUUGUUCUUGGCAUGCAAUGUGUGAGGAUUAUGGCUAUUUGAGUUUUAUAUCAUUUCUUGUCGAUUAUAGAAAAUGUUCACAUCAUGUGCCAAUGUGUGUCUACCGUGAAGGCAUGAAGUAAUUGGAGAAAGAUGAGUUUGCGACAGGUGUGCCAUGUUUGCAAAUGUUUGAAACAUUGGUUGCUGGCUUCAUAGAACAUGGAGAGUAUAAACAGCAGUACUAUUAUGUUGUCAAGAAAGGACCAAGGAACACAAUCGGGCAGUCUGCUUAAAUGUGCACUGCAAUUGCGAUUUUUCACUUAUCAACUUUGCAGUCAUGCACAUUGCAGUCCAUCUAUUGCACUACCACAUUUGCCAAUGCUGCUACAUGCUACAUACCACUGGGUUCUCCAGGACUGAACAUUUGCAUUUGCCGUUCCAAGCGCAUAUUGUGCAUAGGGCGGUGCGAUUGUCUUUGCACAUGAUAACACAGAAGCUAAAUCCUGAUGUUCUAAAUGACGCUUUUAUUGGAAAAUUGGAAUGAUAGAAAAGAAGAACAUACUUUGAAGGUUACACUAGCUGCCAACUCUUGAGAUUUGAAAUUAUUGGUUGGUUACCACAGCACAGCAAUGCUACGUUAAACAGUGGAAUGAAAGACUUGCCUUUUAGAAGCCUAAUUUCUAUGAUGCAGCUUAUCUUGAGUGGUUGCAAGCCUUCUUUGAGCAGGUACUAGUCACUGGAUUUACACAAACCCCUGCUUAAAGAUUGCAGAUACCAUUCAUUACUGUGCUCCUGUAACAUCAUGAUUUUAUAGUUCGUUGAAUGUUACUUUAACUAGAUUGCAUUUGUAUAGGCUUAUCUGAGAGUGCGCUGCAUGCUAUCACUUGGCUAAACAUAGCAUUUAGCUGCGAAGUAUAAUUGAAGUUUUGUUUUUUUAUAGGAAGGCAUUGGCUUGGCUUUCUCUCUUCUCGCAAAUUUUUCGGACCAACAUUUUUAAGUGGCUUCAUUGAUGUAAUCUUCUGGUUUUCCCACAUGAUCUUCUAAUCUUCCUUAAGAUGGAGAUCACUCAGAGUAUAUCACACGGCUGCCUGUAGCGGAGACCUUUUUUUAUUAUUAUUGAAAGUGUAGGAGCUGCGUUUUCUGUAACACAAAAGGGAAGUCAGGUGCAUUCCAUUUAACUUGUGUGAGCUGCAUAUGACAGUUUAAUUCUAGCAGCGAGCUGGAAAACUGGAAAAGACAGAUUUGUUUUGUAAAACUGGCCGAGUCAGGCUCGUUUUAAGCGGGCCAUAUUGAGAGGACAGGCCAGCAGCUGCUACGCGACAGCAUCCUUCAGGGCACAAACACAUAGUUGUUGCUAAGCCAUACACAUCUGUGUGGAGUAUUUCAUGCUAGACAUGCGGUUUGUUGCUGUUUUCUGCGUGACCUGUUCAUUGUUGGCAUGUCGAGUUAAUGAGGUGAAAAGCAAGGCUUUCAAGUUCUGCCUAUAGACAAGCUGCAUGUUUGUAAGGGGCACAGUGAAGGCAAAUAGAGCUAAUGACUACGUUGCAGAAGAGCAGACGGCACUGCUCUUCCUAAUUGUUGUUUACUGCUUUGAAAAUUCCGUAGUAGUAAGUUUAAAAGUAUGUCAACUUUUAAACUCGGGAAACCGAUUAACUUUGCUUGUGGGGAAAGUUCAUGUCAUUAGAGUUUGUGAAAUUUCAUUGUGUCUGCAGUGAACAGGAUGGCAGUGAUGCCAUGCUAUGCAGCUUGUCUAUAAGUGCCUCUUAAACAUUAUGCCUCUCUGCCAUCCGCUGGAUCUGCCAGAGUGCUUCAUGAAGCAUGCCAUAACGUGGCAGACAACAUAGGCAGAUCUCACAUGGUAUGCUGUCCUAGAUCAGUGCCCCGUGUGUCUGGCAACAGUGGUUGUGUGCAACCUGGCCACCGAGAUUAUCAGCAGUGGCAGCACAGGCGCGGGUUCUCGAGGUCUUUCUUUUUUUUUUCUGAGUAGUGGCGAGCACGACUAAAAUUUAUCCGACUGGAGUGCCGAUCUUGGACGCCAUGCGACACUUGAUCUGCCUUUGUGGGAUAGCCGUGUGCUGACGCGGGCUACGAAUGUUAUCUUCCGGAGAGCACAGCAGGCAACGGAAAGGGAGUUAAAUGCAGUUAGCUGACUGAUGCAGUAACCUAGAAUCGGUGAGAAAUGCAUUUCAGAGUUUUUGAUGUGUGUGUGACCAGUGUGGUGAGCGUUUGAAGGAGCUGGUCCGAAUUUGCGGUUCCCUUUCGGUUCCACUGGGAAUGUGGGUCAGAAUGAGGGGUUGGUAGCAGUGCCAUCUGAUCUGUGCACUGGCUGCACAGGGAGAAUAUACCUCGUUCCUUUUGGCAGAAAGAUUGUGUAUAAUUAUUACUUGUGUCUGGUCUUUUUCCUGUACAACUGCUGCUUGGUGGCAAUGUGAUAAUAAAGACAUUUCUUUCUUAUCGGUACA